CCUCCGACUCAGGCAUCAUUUGUGAGGCUUGCCUCCGAUGUGUUAGCUGCGCGGUUAAGGCCUGGUGUCUUAACGGUGGCUAGGGCAAUCUGUCCGAUUGCGAAGUUCUGGGUCUUUAGCUGGUUACUGUGCUCUGGCAGGAUCCUUUUAAGGAAGUAGUCCUAGAACUCCACGGGGUUUCCCACAGUGGACCCUGGUGAACUGCCAACAUUUGAUUAUUCACCAAUCAGUUCCUGACGUUGCUAGCUCAAUUGACUUCGUACUCUGACUUACCCUGACGCCCAGAGUCAAUUCUGUUUAUAAAGAAAAGCUAUUCUGAGCUCUUCAUCCUGUGGCCUGAUAGGUUUCCGAUCUUGAACCAACUUGUGGAAGCAAAGGCAAUCCAGGCACUGAUUCCAUGUGGAAAUCUAAACAGUGUGGGAUGGAGAUGAAGCCUGAGGCUUCCGGACAAGGUCGAAAAAGGAAAAACCAGGAUGAAGUUGGGAAGGAGAUGAUCCCUGGAGCUUUGGGACAAGGUAAAAAACCGAAAUACCAGGAUGAAGGUGGUACCGAUUUGGAGUUUGAAGAGCCCAGCAAGGCUCGAAAGAGGAUAUCUCAGGAACAGCGAGAUCUAGAGCUUCUGAGUGAACAACCAAGCAAGGAUCAGAUACAGAAACGUGGAGAAGAGAGUCCAAGACAACUAAAACCCCUGGAGUGGGCCAAAGGUCCACAGGAGCAGGCUGUAACUGGGAGGAAGUCUGCUGAUGGUGGCAAGGGCCGAAAGCGGCCCUAUUGCGUCAUGGAAGAAUAUGACCAACACCACCAAAGGGAGAAAUACCAAAAGUUACUACAGGACCUUCAACACAGUGAUCAUGUGAACUCUGACCCACACAGGGCUCACCCAACCCUUAUGGAUAUCUUGAAGAUCAAAGGUUGUGUGGAAGGGCACAGUCGUGGAUCCAGAACAACUCAGUGUGAUCUAAAACAAUCUACUGUUGUUGCUGCAACAGAAUGUCUCUCACCAGACAAAAGAGAAAAGCUGUGCUCUGAGAAAUCUUCUGAUACACAGAAGAAAGAUGGAGUAAACCUUGAAGGAAGAAGGGGUCACCACUUCAAGCCUGACUUACUAAGAGCACAGACUCAAGUUUUCCUGCAUAGUGGCAGCAGUAGGUCACUCUCCAACAAGAUGCCAGUAUCUAUAGCAAAGAAAGAGCUUGUUACAGACCAAGAAAAAGGCAGAGGUAUGGAUGAAGUCCUUGAUGUUACAGAGGACAUGGAAAAGGAAAUCAAGAAUGCACUAGGUCCAGGACCCCAAGAGGAAAUCUUAAGUAGUGCAUUUAAAUUGCAAAUUACUAGAGGAGAUAUCCAGACACUAGAGAAUGGUCAAUGGCUCAAUGAUGAAAUUAUCAAUUUUUAUAUGAAUCUUCUGGUUGAGAGAAAUGAAAACCAAGGCUACCCAACUCUUCAUGUGUUUAGCACUUUUUUUUACCCCAAACUAAAACAUGGUGGUUACAGUUCUGUUAAAAGAUGGACUCGAGGAAUGAAUCUUUUUGAAAAAGAAAUUGUUCUAGUGCCUAUUCACCGGAAGGUACAUUGGAGCCUGAUAGUAAUUGACCUAAGAAAACAGAGUAUUGUAUACCUCGAUUCAAUGGGACAGACAGGGCAGAAUAUUUGUGAGACCAUCUUCCAAUAUUUACAAAAUGAGAGCAAAACUCGAAGGAACAUAGAACUGGACCCUUUGGAGUGGAAACAAUGCAGUGUGACAUCAGAAGAGAUUCCUCAACAGCUAAAUGGGAGUGACUGUGGAAUGUUCACUUGUAAAUAUGCAGAUUACAUUUCUAGAGACCAACCUGUAACCUUUUCUCAGCAACACAUGCCCAUCUUUAGGAAGAGGAUGGUGUGGGAAAUCCUGCAUAGUCACUUACUGUAACAACAUCCACCUGGUUGCUAUGGCACACCUGCACUUUUCCAUCGAUGUUUCUAUAUACCUCAAGCAAGAUGGCUGAAAAUACUUAAAACAGAUACUGAGCUGUCUGGCAUGGAUAAAGCUCAUUCUCUUCAAUGUAGUCCUAACUUGGGGAGUCCUGCUCAAUGCCAUCUAUAAGAUGCAUGUAGCUACUGCAAGCUUAGAAACUGCUGUUCAACCCACAGAAGAACACAUCUUCAAAAAAUAUUGUUUUAAUGCUGGAUUUAGUUUAUGAAUUUAGUUAUGAAUCUUCUUGCCCCACCCCAUAAUUGUUUAUGUUUUCAUUAAUUUGUAUGUAAAC